UGUGGUCCGUGUAUCCACACCUUUAUAAUAACAAAGAUGAAUGGAUCAUCUUAAGUCAUCUUUAAGAUCGUGUUUUACCAUCUUACCGACCGAUCGUGGUAAUGGUAUACAAAGAUCGUGCUUACCGAUCGUGUCGUGUGUUACAAAGACGAAGAACGAAGACGUGACCAUGGUAACACGUUACCAUCAACAAAUAUACAACAUUCCAAAUGUCAAAGUAGUAAAUUAUUUUUAAAAAAAUGCAUACGUAUCUAAGUAAAAAAAUUGCAAUUCCAAACAACACAAAACUAAAUUGUAUAGCAUGGCAUAAAAUUGAAGGUUUCGUAGCGAUCGGUGGCGAAAAAGGACUUUUAAAAGUGCUAAAAUUGGAUACGGGUACAGCUACAGGGGGUACCGAUACAGAUCAUGGUGGAACAAAUGCACCGACUACAGGAAGUGCCUCGGUUUGGGCACGAAGUGGUCCUUUACCAAGCAAUUUAUCCAUGAAUUUAACAUUAGAAGGGCAUUCAGAACCUGUCGAAGUUAUUGUUUGGAAUGAAAAUUUAGAUAAGUUAACGACCAGUGACAGUAAUGGCGUUAUUAUUGUCUGGAUGUUGUACAAGGGUAUUUGGUAUGAAGAAAUGAUAAAUAAUCGGAAUAAAUCGACGGUAACAGGAAUGGCAUGGAGUUUUGAUGGUAAUAAAAUUUGCAUCGUUUACGAAGACGGUGCUGUAAUUGUGGGUGCAGCGAAUGGUAAUCGUAUUUGGGGUAAAGAAUUAAAAGAUGUUAGUUUACGUGGUGUCCAAUGGUCACCUGACGCAAACAUGUUGCUAUUUAGUAUUGGCAAUGGCCAAUUACAUUUAUACGAUAAUCAGGGUAACUUUAUGAUGCGUGUUUUGUCCGAAGAUAAAGAAAUUCUGAACACAAAUUCCGAAAUUGUGGCAAUACAAUGGUAUGAUGGCCGCUAUGGAUAUGUGGGCCAUGAUUGUCCAGUGAUUUUAGUUUGCUUUGAUAAUGGUGAUGUCAUGCUUCUACGGAACGUCAAUGAUGAAGAACCAAUAACAUUUAAUGUAGAUAUGCAUAUACGUUUUGGAGCAUGGAAUCAUAAUGCUUCCAUGAUUGCACUUGGCUGCGAACGCAAGGAAAAAUCAUCGGGAGAUCGUAUUUCGAUACAAUUUUACAACAAUUGUGGAAAACUAUUAAAUAUACUAAAAUUACCGGGUCGUAAAAUGACCGGUUGUGCAUGGGAAGGCGCUGGUUUACGUUUAGCCAUAACUGUGGACUCGCAUAUAUUUUUUGCAAAUAUUCAUCCACGAUAUAAAUGGUGUUUUUUUAAGCGUACGCUAGUUUUUUCAACGGGACUAACGACCCCAAAUGGAAUCGCCAUAAUUUUUUGGGAUACCUAUUCAAAUUUAGUGAAUACUUUGUAUGUGAAAAAUUUAUUUUGUAUGGCUUCGUAUGGGAAUUUAUGUGUUUUGGCUGUCGAAUUUGAUAAUUCUAAAUUACCAUCGAAAUAUAUGUUGUUGCUAUGUGAUACAGGGUGCACCAUUGUUGACGAAAAAUGUCUGGAUUUGAAGCCAUUACACAUCACAAUCAAUUCAUCGCUUGUCAUUGUUACCUCAAACACACAAUUUUUGUUAUGGCAAUACAAUAAUUUACGUCCAAAUCAAAUUCAUACCAGAAAACGUGAAUACAUUUACCACAUAAAUGAACGAGUGACGGGAGAAGAAGCAUUGCUGGCACAAGACGACGCAAAUCCACCAGCUCGACGUAUGCCAUACUUCGAUGACAAUCCAACCAUUAGUGACAUCCAGUGUGUCACAUGUUCUGACACAACAUUAUUAAUUGGACGCCAGAAUGGUGACGUCAACCAUUACGAGUUACCACAUGUGUCACUUGUCAACAAGUAUACUUUUGUCACCAAAGGCAUCUCUCAAAUGAUUCGAAUUAACUGCAACAGCACGAAAGCUGCAUUAAUAAGUGAUGGACAAUUAGUUGUAUUUUCCUUACGAUCCGAUCCUGGUUUUAUGCGAGGCGAAUUAAUUGACACUGAGAACAAUGAUGGAUCCACAAGUCGAUUGGAGCGAAAAGAUGUUUGGGAUUUAUGUUGGGCAUCAGAUAAUCCACAUAUGUUGGCUAUUAUGGAAAAAGCACGACUGUACGUCUUUCGAGGAGUCAAUCCAGAAGAACCGAUUACAUGUUCUGGAUAUUUAUGUAGUUUUAAGGAUUUAGAAAUAAAAACAGUACUUCUGGAUGAUAUCAUAUCAAAUCCAGAUAAUUUCCAUAAAGAUUUGAUUGUGGACAUGGAGAUAAAAUCGUUACGGGAUACACGGGAACUAUUAAGUAAAGUUGGAAUCAAAGAAGCUAGACAAUUUAUUGUGGAUAAUGCACAUCCUCGAUUAUGGCGAUUACUAGCGGAAGCCGCAUUAAAACAAUUAGAUUUAGUAACAGCUGAAGUUGCCUAUGUCUAUUGUCAAGAUUUAGUGGGCAUCGAAUUUAUCAAUCAAUUAAAUCGCAAUCGUAAUCAAGGUCUUGUUAAAGCGGAAAUCGCUACAUAUACCAAAGAUUUCGACGAAGCUGAACGAUUAUAUAUCGAAAGUGAUCGACGUGAUUUAGUUUUGGAAUUGUAUAAAAAAUUAGGUGAUUGGUUCAAAGUGCGACAAUUGAUUAGUCCCAAUAUGAAAGCGGAUAUUGUUAAAUCGAGGGAAAUUUAUAACGGAAUUGGUAAUUAUUAUGCCGAACGAUAUAACUGGUCAAAUGGAAAAGAAUACUUUCUAAAAUCACAAAACACAGCAAUGUUGGCAUUGGCGUACUAUCAUUUGGAAAAUUAUGAUGCGUUGGAAAAACUUGUAGCGGAACUAAAUCGAAAAGAUCCGUUAUUGUUGAAAAUAGGUGAAAUGUUAUCAUCGGUUGGAUUAUGUAUAUCAGCUGCGAAUGCUUUUGCAAAGUGCAAUGAAGUGAAAAAAGCCGUAGCAUUAUGUACGAAACACAACGAAUGGGAAUUAGCUGUAAAUUUAGCCAAAGAAUAUUCGAUACCUGAAAUGGAUAGCGUUUUAUCCGAGUACGUAAAUCGUUUAAUUCAAGAUAAUCGUGUUCCACAAGCGAUUGAAGUUUAUCAAAAAGCGAAUAAGUAUUUAGAAGCAGCCAUAUUAGCUUAUGAUUACGGCAAGGAAUUUGCGAAAACUGUCAAUAAUCCACUGAAAGUUAAACGAUGGUUUAUUUUAGGAGCCACACUCGUCGACAAACAUCGAAAAGAAAAUAGUGAAAUGAACUCGAUUAAAUAUGAUGUUUUAAUAGCGAAUCGUUGGCGCAAUGCUGUUGCAUAUCACUUAUUGGCAAUCGCUCAUUUAAAUCUAUACGAUGGCAAAACACGUCAAGCAUUUAUAACAUCAGCGAAAUUACGGGAGUACGAUGAUAUUUUAAGUGAAGAACAAGUUUAUCGAAUAUUAGCGUUGACAAGUCGAUUAUGUGAAGUAUUUUCGAUGUGUUCGAAGGCAUUUGUUAAGUUAAUAUCAUCCGAUCAGAUUGGAGAAACCGAAAAAGAGCGUUACAAAACGAUAGCAAACGAUAUAUUUAAAAACCACUCGCCAAAAGAUAAACAAAUUUUACGGAACGAAUGCAUCAGCUGCGAAACAAUGAUACCUGAUUGGUAUAGUGUUUGUCCAAGUUGUGAUGUUCGAUUCCCCACAUGUUUAGCAACAGGUGUACCAAUAAUGGAUCCAAAAUUGAUAUGGACUUGUUGGAAUUGUUUUGAGAAUGCGGACGUUCGUGAAAUGGCCAAAUAUAAUUUGUGCCCGCUUUGUAGACAACCAAAAAUAAGUCAAUAAAUCCAUUUUUGGAAAUACAA